AUGGACGGCCUCACCCCCGUCCCCGUCUCAGCCCUACCACCGACUGCGCCUUCGUUUGAUGUUCGCGGGUCGCCUGAUAUCUCUACAAAAUGCUUCGUAGCUUCCGAUGAGAACUCCCUUUCGACAGACUGCGGCCCUCCAACGUCACCUCAUUUCGGGCCUCCUGCGUCGCCGCCUUCCAGGGGUCUGAGUAGAGAAGCUGAAGCGCCUUCGUCCUCCUUCUUCCAGGGCGUCGCACAGGGCGGGGCUUCUGCUGGCUGCGCCACGGGAGGUCGGGAUCUAUCCGCUGUUGACCGGUCAUGCGUCCUACAAGACCGCCCCAGUGCCGCCGUCGAGGGCGAUAGCGAAGGGGCCCCAGCGGCAAUGAACCGUUUUGAGGCGGUCUCCGCCUACUCUCAUUCACGUCACCUCCCGGCAAAUUCGCAAGCUCGAGGCUGCGGAUCUCGUGGUUCAGUGCCGCACACCCUUACCACGAGUGUCUCACCGUCUGCACUCCCGUCGCCACAGGAGAACCCUGUGGGGUACCGAAACUUGGAAUUGUUUGUCUCGACUCUCUUGCACCAGUGCGAGUCCGCUAUGGCGCGUCAGCGUCGCGCCUCAGCGACAUGUCUCUUCUUUGCGCUCCACCGCGCCGCCUCCUCUUCCAGAGCGCGCCUUCUGAAAUGGGCCUGCACGCGCUGGCAGGUCAACACGUCCCUGGCGUCCUUCUCAGAAGGAAGCAGCUCCUCGGCGUACGCUCCUCUUGGUGACCGUCCUGCUUCCGCACUGAGCCACCUCUCGUGGAAGACCGCGCGGCCGCAGACAGAUCCCGUCGACGGAGGGCUUUCUCGCAUGGUCGAUGAAAGGAGUCUCUCUCUGCUUGUUCGGCACUUCAAUCCUGACCUCCUAUCUGCGCCUCGCGCCGGGGCCUCAACGUCGUCCUCGACCGCAGGCCAGCUCGCAGCGCCGCUCCCUCGUCAAGCGGCGGAGGGCGCGCCCGUUCUUGGCUCGAAAGAGGCUCGGCGGCCGACCCCGCCAGAGAGUGUCAUCAGAGACAGCCGCGAUGCCGGAAAAUACUGCAGCAUCGGCAAACCAGCCAGUGUUCUCGGAGCAGGCCUUGUAGCGGAACGCGCCCUCCCAUGCGUGCCUGCUGACUCCCCUGAUCGGGGAAGCUUGCCCCCUAGAAGCGCGUCAAUCGGAGUGCAGUCGUCUGUUCCUCUCGCCAGCGCGUGGAGCAGGAGCUGGCUGAGCGCCAGGAGCACUUCUGGGAGCUCUUUGGGAGGAAGCUGCAGCGUUCGGAGCUCGCAAGCCCUUUCACUUGGGAGGCCGACGCCGGAAGACCUAGUUCUGUGCCUGCUGGAGCUGGGUGAUGGAGUGCCCAACGCCCUUGCUGCAAAGCUCUCUCAGGGGACAAGGAAGGCGCAGAGGCUGAGGGAAGCAGGCUCAGGCACCACAGACCUUCUCAAUGCUGUGGCGUCCGCGUUGGUGCGAUCCGAAAGCGAAAAACCGGUCUGUGAAGCGGUGGCGCCAAGAGAGCGGGCGGUGGCGCCGGUUGCGGCGAAUCGCGGAGGGGGGGCACCCUCUCGAGGCACUGUGCCCAGCCGCCACCCGAAAAACGCGGAGACUUGCUAUGGAACUCGACUCGAAGCGAGGCGGGAAGUGAAGAAAUUGGGAGGAGGCACUAACCGCCGAUCCGGGCCCUCUGCGCGAGAGGAGCAGGUGGAGGCUCGCGGGCGCGUUUGCGCGGACGCUGGGGGACGUGGCAUGGGGAAUGGAGCAUCAGACUGGAUACGGAAUACUGACUGGUCUCGACGAGACUCCCGCCUUUUGCUGCCAGCUGUUGCCGCAUCUUUGCUAACGCUGGACUACGAGAGCUUCAUUUCGUCCACCCUGUGCGGGGAUGCUCCAGCCCAAGGGGCCGCAGAUUCGCCUCCUUCUGUGUCAACAUCUCCAACGUGA